ACACGAGGACGCGCAGAGAGGGGAACAGAAGUAAUGCAAUGCAGUUCUAGAUUCCGGUGUGGUUUCGAAGUGUGACUAAUGAAGGAAGAGAAAAACAGAAAGAUGUUUGAUCGGUUAAACGGUUACCUUGACACACUUCUGUCCAGAGACUCACGGUAGCCAUGAAUGUACUCUUAAAAAUAUAUUGUUAUUUAAGUAAACCGCUGUGUUCUGAGGAAUAAAUACAGGUACAGAGACGAUGGACUCAGACGUCACGGAAAUGAUAGAAGAAUUUAUGGGAAGUGCACUUGUUACAUGGGUGCAUCUGUUUGAGGGUAUUGUCGGUGAGGAAGAGGAUGGAUCACUCUUUCCGGAAUACAUGGAAGUAAACAUCAGCUCCCAGAAUGCAGUAAGGCAGUACCUGACGCUCACCAAUGGAGUUUACCUCAAUGAGGUCAUGAGGAUCAUUGAUCCCAAUCCAAAGGUAGAACAAAUCUACCACAAUGUGGGCGACGACAAGAUUCGCAGAGUGCAGAACUUUUCCAUCCUCAAUCGCCACUUAAGAUCUUACUAUCAGGAGAAUCUACAGCAGCUGGUGCUGAUGCCGCUGCCAAAUGUUGCUGUUUUAGGUCGAGAUCCCCUGACAGAGGGCGCUGUUGCAGAGCUCAGAAGACUUCUACUCUUAUUACUGGGCUGUGCAGUACAGUGUGAAAGGAAAGAAACGUUCAUUCAGCAGAUUCAGUGCUUGGACAUUGAUACACAAGCAGAGAUCGCGUUGUGCAUACAAGAGGUGACCCAGGACCGAAGUGCAGUCCUUCCUCUGGAGUUUGGAGAUCUGUGUGGACUGAACGGAGCCGAGCUGCAGAUUCUUUUCUGCUCAAUGGCCAAACAGAUCCAGAACCUGCUAGCCCAAAGAGACACACAGCUGGAGAGGAUAGCAGAGCUUUGUCAGGAACAGGAGUCAUCUGUAAAUCAUAUAAACACAUCGAGCGGGUUUGGAGAUGGAUCUCCUGAAGGACUGGCCUUUCAGCUGGCGGAGAGCAAAGCUAAACUACGGCGACUCAAGCAGGAGCUGGAGGACAAAGGUGAUCAGCUACUGGAUUACAAGCAAGAAAUGCAAACUAUGGAGGAAGAAAUAAAGAAACUGCAGAAAGAAAGUCGAGCGCUGCAGGUGGAGGUGCGUGCGAGUCGUGGACUGAAGGAUGAACUGGACUGUUUGCGUGAACGUGCGGCCCGAGUGGAGCAACUACAGACGGAGCUGAAGAACUGCACACAUCGCCUGCGCAGCAUGGAGCUUUAUCGCACACAGCUGAAGGAGCAGCAGCAGUACUGCGCCUCGCUGCAGGAGAACAAGGCUCUGCUGGAGGAGCAGCUGGCGGACGCUCGCCUGCGCUGCACUGCUUUGCGGGAUCUGGAGAAGGAGAAUCUUCUACUCAGACAGAAGCUCGUGGAUAUGGAGGCUGAGCGGGAUGUGGAGAGACAGCGGGUGGACGAGCUGCUGGAGAUGAACAUGAGUCUGCAGGUGGAUCUGAAGCGCCAGGUUCAUUCUGCAGGUGUCAAUCAAAGUGUGACUCAUCAACAUUUCCUCCAAUCAGAGCUAGAGUCUGACGAGGAUGUUCAGGAAGUAAACAUGCCCGAGAUUGAUCUGAAGCCCCUGAGUGAGGAGGUAAAUGAGGCUUCCUCGUUGAGGCUUCUGGGAGCUGAAAACGAGAACGCCGAGCUGAGACGGCGACUGGAGCUCCUGCAGGCUGAACAAGAGGCUCAGCAGGGCCCAGAGAAAACCCAAGAGCUCCAGAGACUCACAGAGCAGCUCUCACAAAAGCUUCAAAACACCCUCAAGGAGCUGGAGUGUCUGAAGAAUGAAAAUAGCAGCCUGAAGAUAAAUCUGGAGGAGACAAAACGCAAACGGGAAGAAGACCUAAAGACAGACAGAACAACCUCACAGGGAAAAGAAGGGAAAAAGCCAGUAAUCCCAAGAGGGGAGUGUGAGGGAAAUGACACGAGGAGAGAGAAACAUGAUGGAAAAGAAGGUGUAAUAAAAGCCCGCCGAGAAGAUGGGGAAGGGGGCGAGGGAGGCGACGUAAUCCUCAGCGAGAGAAGAAAGAAGGUUAUAGAUGAAAUGAACAGCAAAGAGAGAGGCGAGGCCGAGGGUGAGAAAGAAACCGAAAAUAAGACAGACAUCACAGAAGAGACAUACAGCGAUGAAGCCCUGAAGACUGAACAUGAUCAAUUCUCCCAGGACGCCCUCACCCUGCACAACCAGCUCCAGCAGGCCCUGGAAGAGGCCGACAGACAGAGCGCUUUAGCCCAGGAUUUACGCUCUAAAGUGGCCGAGCAGAGUAAGAAGGUCUUGGAGGCGGAACAUAAGCUGGCUUUUCUAGAAACUGAGAAUCAGAGGCUGAAGAAGGCUGCAGAGAGCCUUGCGGAGGCUAGGAAACAGAUAGAGGUGCUGCAGGGUGAAUCUAUGCAGAAGGAGGAGGAGCUGAUUCGUCUGCACAGUCAGGAGGAGCUCCAGAAGAUGCAGGCUGCCAUAAUCGCUCAAUUAGAGGACGAGCGAGCAGCACUGGAGCGGGAAAAAGAGACUCUCAGAGGCUCUGUAGAUUCACUCAGGGCUGCCGUGCGCAAGGGUGAUCAAAUAGAGCUGAUCAACCAAAACCUGAAGGCUGAUCUGGAAAGACUGGGUCGGACCCUGGAGUCUUCCAAACGGCAUGAAGAAGAACUGCAGGCUGAGCUUAGAGAGUCCGGCGUGGAGGCGGAGUCUCUGGCCAGGGGGCGGGAGGAAGCGCUGCUGGAAGUCUCUCGAUUGGAGCAGGAGAAGGAGGCGUGUCAGGCAGAGCUUGAGAGCCAACGACGUGAGCUGCGACAAAGAGAGCGAGAGAUGGCCAGACUCCGACAGCAGCUGGAGAGCACAUCAUCUGCCCUGGAGCAUGGCCACCAGCGAGCCUGCAGCCUGGAGGCAAACAACAGACGGAUGUGUCAGGAUCUGGCUCAGCUCAGAGAGUCCUGCGCGCAGUUUGAGGAGCUGCAGAAGGAAAACACACAGCUCGCUUCACUCAACGCUGAGAGCAAAGCCCAGAUUGACUCCCUAACAAAGGAUCUGGCUAAUGAGAGCGCCCAGUCCCGAGAGUUAUCCAAUCAGAUCACACAGCUAAACAAAACUCUUGAAGAACUGAAGACCAGGCUUCAAAUGGCAUCACAGCAAAGAUCCACUCCAGAAGUUGCUUUAUCACCUCCUGACUCGCGUGUAGAGAGUGUCGAGGGUUGUGAAUCAAACAGACAUUCUGCAGACCGCCAGGAGGACACUGUCAGUACUGCAGAUAAGGUGAACCACAACCAGAGCUCCAGGCCUGCAGACUUUAUCUCUGCUGGAGAAGAUGAUGAAAACACAAGGAGCAAACAACCGCACACAACGGCAGAGGCUGGGUGCCAGGAGGCACUGAGUCAACGGCUGAUAAACACAGAGCGUGAGAAUGCCGUGCUGCAGCGAGAGCGUGAGGUGUUGGUUUCUCAGCUGACUCAGUCUCAGUCGGCCUGCUCUCAGCUUCGAGAGCAGCUGGACACCCUGCAGCGCCACUCCAUCUCACUGCAAGAAAACGGAGCUAAAUUACAGGCCCUCAACACCAAACUGCAGGUGGAGCAGGCGUCUCUGAGGGCUGAACAUGCGUCGACUUUAACACGUUGCAGUGAGAGCGAAUUGCGCUGUGCAGCUCUGGAGGCGGAGUCAAGGGCAUGGCUUAAGGAGAAGGAGGAGUCAGUGAUGCGGCUGGAGGCAGUAAGACGGGAUCAUGAGAGAUUGACAGCUCUGCAGCAGAGGCAGGAGGCGGAGUUAGAGGAGCUGCUCGUCAAGCACAGUCAAUUGAAAAGCAGCCAUCGCAGUCUAGAGGCUCAAUGUAAAGACACUGAAGUCAGAUAUAAGGAGCUGCUGGAGCGAAAAGCGCAGCUGGAGGAGGCAGAGGAAUCGAUACGCGUGGAGAGACAGAAAAUGGAGAAAGUGACACAAGGGCAGCUGGAGAACGAGAAGGAGCUGGAGAGACUGAAAAUGGACAAUGAAAGAUAUCUGAGCCUGCAGAAGGAGUGGGUUCAGGUGCAGUCGGAGCUGCUGGCCCAGAGCUCAGUUCUGCGGGCGGAGCUGAGUUCAGCUCAGCUGGAGAGAACCCGACUGGAAGGAAAACUCAACUCUCUGAAAGAGCAGAACCAGCAGCUCGACCUCAACCACGUGCGGCUCAGCAGCCAGUACCAGCUUCUCACGCAGCUGAAGGCAAACAUGGAGGAGGAGAACCGACAUCUAGUGGAGCAGAAUCAGAGUCUGGCCAAAGAAAACAAGGCUCUAAUGGAGAGCAGCCUGGAGAGCCGAGACCAGCACCACAACCAGCAGAGAGAGUAUCUGGAUAAACUCAACGAGCUGCGCAGGGAGAAGCAGAAGCUGGUGGAGAAGAUCAUGGAUCAGUAUCGGGUCCUGGAGCCUGCUCUGCCCGCAAUGAGUCCCCUUAAACAAGCAAAGAAGUCGAACUGGAUCGCGGACCGCAUGAAGAAGCUGAUCAAACCUAAAGGUGGAAGUAAAGAAGGCCGAGCUCACUUUAUCGCUGCCGGCAGUGUGGAAAACCUGGCAGAUGCGGUGGAUGGAUCAGCCAUUUCUCCUGCUUCAGGGCCUGUUCAUGACCAGGACCCCAUCAGCGCUCCAGUCUCUCCAAGCCCGCUGAGGAGAAUUUCAUAUCAAGUUGAAGAAGAGCAACCUAAAGCUAAUCUGCGGACCGGACGCCGCAAACUGGGUUCUCGGCAUGGCUGGGCUCUGGGCAAAGGCAGAGGAGGAGUUUCUCAGUCCUUCAGUCCAGGAGACCAGCGAUCUCAGCCUCGCAUCCGCCUGCGCUCCUCUCAGACAGGAGCCUCAGCCCUCUGGGAGCACGACAGCAGCCCUACACCCAGCCAGGACAGCCCCAGUGAAGAGGGCAGAGUUGAUAGUGAGGAGAACAUCUCACCUGCACAUUCAGACGUCAGUCGUGUUUCAUCUGGAACUGAAGAUUUUCACUCCAGUUUUGACAAGCCACAGGACUCGGACAGCAAACACAGUUGAAGCAGUAAUUAUUUCCAUCCAUUGAUUUCAAAACUAUUUUAUAAAACAUCCAUAAAGUAUAUAAUAUGCACAUCAACAAAUAAAAGAUCUUGAAUACCCA